CUCCUGGACGUCGCCGGCCGCAUUAACACCAAGAACAGAAGAGAGGAAGAGACACCGCAACCGCAUUACCAUGAGAGAGAGCUAGGGGGGCCUGGCCUGCUGCCCCUGCAUCGUCUGACCCUGAAGAUGGCGGCAGCAGCAUCCAUGGCGGCCCGUAGCCGCGCGCUCGUUGCGAGCAGGAGGAGGAUGGGUGGCCCGCCGCGUCUCUUGGUCGUCAGCUGCGACGCCAGGACAGCGGAUGCCUACUGCUCCCUGGCCGCAAAGAUUUUGGGACCUCCCACGACCUUCAAUGCAGCGAAGCUCAAGGUGGAGUUCGCCGGGGAGGAGCUCCGGCCUCCUUUCCCCAGAGCCUACACUCUGACCCACUGCGACUUGACGGCGAACCUGACGCUGGGCGUGAUGAGUAGCGAGCAGCUGCGCAAGUCGACGCUGCAGAGGGACGACGUGGUGGCAGAGUGGAAGGAAACCGCCGGGGAGAUGACGCUGCAGGUGCAUUGCUUCGUCAGCGGCGCCAACCUCCUGCAGGAGCUGGCCGCAGGUUUCAGAUACUACGUCUUCUCCAAGGAGCUACCGCUGGUCCUCAAGGCGGUGGUUCAUGGCGACGCCGCUCUGUUCGCCGACAGGCCGGAGCUGAUGGAGGCCAAGGUGUGGGUGCACUUCCACUCCAGCUCUCGCAAGUACAACCGGUUAGAGUGCUGGGGCCCGCUCUGGGAGGCUGCCACAACUACCAGGAGGAACCACCACCUGCUGGAGCUGGACCAACUGCAGAGCGCCAUCACCAAGAAGAAGACUAUCUUUAACGCCCUGCUCGCCCUUCUCCUCUGAUUUUGAUUCAGCCGCCUAUACAAUGAACGGACGGACUAUAGAGUGAUCAAGCAAACCCACCAAGCAUUCUGCAUCUCUGUCUGACUGUAAUGGUUGCUGCUUUGUCUGGGGAUUAUAUUAUUCAUAUAAUCAUCAUCAGAAAAAGCAUUGUAUUGCAUAAACGAUAGACCCAGCCCAGAGAUGCAGCAAAAAGAGCAGACUUGAUUGAUGCUAGUCACAACCCAGUGACUAAAGCUAUUCAAAACACUUUACUUUUGCCGAGCACAGACUCUCCAUGUCUUGGAUCAGUCAUCCAAGGAAAUCACUUCAGUGCCCCCCUCCUUCAGCCCCUUCUCAGCAGAAGUCAGCUUCUCGUCCAGCUCAUUUAUCUGCCUCCUUAUCUUCUCACCACCAUCUGGUAGCUUCGACAACAGCACCUACAUUCAAUUCAACAAUUUAUUUUACACUCAUCUAUCUGUGUAUACAAGUUUCACGUGACAGGAUGACUUACAGCGUUGGAGAGGGUCUGUGAAAGCCGGUUGAUUCUUGCCUUUAUCUCUUCAGGACUCUCUGCGCUUCUGUUACUUGGAAUGUAGUUUCGAACAGUGAAACUUUCAUCCUUUGGCUUCAGCGCAAAAGAUGCCCUGCACAAAAUUCAAACACAAAGUUUAAACAGUACAGUACAAUCAUGCAGGGAGAAGGAGAACAUGGCCAUCCUUACCCGUUGGCGACAUAGUCAGAUGAGGAUCCCUUGUAAUAUUGCUGGGGCAUCAUGGGCAUGCCCCGAGGUUUGCUACAUGUAAAAACAGUAUACAAUCAUAAAUAUGUCAUAACAUCAAUGC